AUGACUACAAACGUGAGUUCUUCGAUCUCCUCACCGAUUGAACAAUUGCCAAUUGGUUCUUUCAGCUCGACGCAGGAAGUUCCGUCCAUAGUUGAGCAGUCGAUUUCCACCUGUUUUGUGAAGAAGAAAGGGAACUGCGAUGUUGGAUUCAAAGAAGGAAAAAAGCUUGGUAGAUUCGUUGCAGUAAAUGAAGGAAUAUCUGAAUGUGCAUUCGACGGUUUCAUCGUGGGAGCACUGGUUGGACUUUUUGAUGGUGAUAAUGAAGUGGGAAUUUCUGUUGGUCCACCGGUUGGAUCCGACGAUGGCGCACUCGAAUGGACAGCUGUUGGAUGUAAUGUCGGAAGCUGUGACGGUGACAUCGAUGGCCUUGAAGUGGGCAGAUGUGUUGGUCCACCUGUUGGAUCCGACGAUGGCGCACUCGAAUGGACAGCUGUUGGAUGUAAUGUCGGAAGCUGUGACGGUAACAUCGAUGGCCUUGAAGUGGGCAGAUGCGUUGGUCCAUCUGUUGGAUCCGACGAUGGCGCACUCGAAUGGACAGCUGUUGGAUGUAAUGUCGGAAGCUGUGACGGUGACAUCGAUGGCCUUGAAGUGGGCAGAUGUGUUGGUCCAUCUGUUGGAUCCGACGAUGGCGCACUCGAAUGGACAGCUGUUGGAUGUAAUGUCGGAAGCUGUGACGGUGACAUCGAUGGCCUUGAAGUGGGCAGAUGUGUUGGUCCACCUGUUGGAUCCGACGAUGGCGCACUCGAAUGGACAGCUGUUGGAUGUAAUGUCGGAAGCUGUGACGGUAACAUCGAUGGCCUUGAAGUGGGCAGAUGCGUUGGUCCAUCUGUUGGAUCCGACGAUGGCGCACUCGAAUGGACAGCUGUUGGAUGUAAUGUCGGAAGCUGUGACGGUGACAUCGAUGGCCUUGAAGUGGGCAGAUGUGUUGGUCCAUCUGUUGGAUCCGACGAUGGCGCACUCGAAUGGAUAGCUGUUGGAUGUAAUGUCGGAAGCUGUGUCGGUGACAUCGAUGGCCUUGAAGUGGGCAGAUGUGUUGGUCCACCUGUUGGAUCCGACGAUGGCGCACUGGAAUGGACAGCUGUUGGAUGCAAUGUCGGAAGCUGUGACGGUGACAUCGAUGGCCUUGAAGUGGGCAGAUGUGUUGGUCCAUCUGUUGGAUCCGACGAUGGCGAACUUGACUGGACGGAAGUAGGGUCUGGUGUCGGAAGCUGUGACGGUGACAUCGAAGGUCUGGAAGUGGGCAGAUCUGUAAAAGCGAAAUCUGGAUUAAAAGAUAGCGCACUCGAAUAG